AUGCAUCUCAAUGGUACAGAAUCAAUACAAGAAACAAAUAUAAUGAAUACUCAAGAUUUGACAUGUCCAAUAUGCAUGUGUAUUGCUGGAGAUCCACAAAUAACGUCAUGUUGUCAACGAGUAUUUUGUACGAAAGAUGCUGAUCUUAAUCAAUAUUAUAAUGGUUGUCCGUUAUGUCGUGAAAAAGAAUUUUCAUUUAAAUCAUCUCCUAAACAUAAAGAAAUGCUUGAACAUUUAACUAUUAAAUGUAUUUGUUCGGAAUAUAUUGCUCCGGAUGAUUAUGAAAAUCAUCUUAAUCGAUGUUCAAAUGCUACAUUUACUUGUCCACAUAAUAUUUGUCGUGAAAAAAAUGAUUUAACAAAAUAUAAUUCUCAACAACUUGUUAGUCAUCUUGCUCGAUAUCAUUGUGAUGAAGUACCGUUACUUGGUUCAACAUAUAUAAAUAAAACUUCGGUUGAACCCUAUAAAAAAGCAUCGAAUAAAUAUGAUGAUCUUGUUUCUGCAUUAUACUCUGUAAUUUAUCCAAAAAUGAUCGAUAUACAAAUGAAAAAUUCUUCAUUAAAUGAACGAAAAUCAUCGAUAUUCACAUGUCCAAAAGGACAUAAAUUAAUUGAAGCUGAUCAUACAAAACGUAAACGUGAAAAUGGUUUAGUUUAUGCAUCGUCAGGUUUUAAUUGUGACAUAUGUCAACAUACAUUUUCCAGUGGUCAAUCAUGGCAUUGUUCAUGUACAGAUACUGGUUUUGAUAAAUGUGUUGCUUGUUUUGUUUUUCAAUUAUAUAAUCUUGAUGAUCCAAUAUUAAGUUUAGCAAGUCAAGAUAAAGAAAAACAACAAGAACGUAGUAGACGACGAAGUCUUCGAAAUACUGCACGUUUACCACGUGGUUUACUUCAUUUAUUAACUCAAAGUAUCGAUGAAGAUGAUGAUCAUGAAACUGAUCUUGAUCUGUUAGCAUUAAGACAACGAUCAUCAUUUUUAUAUCAACAAGAUACAACUGAAUCAAGAAAUAAUGAAGCCAACCGUCGAGAAGAUUAA